AUGAAACUUUCAUUUGUCUCUCUUUGCUUGUUCUCAAUAUUUGCCUUCAUCGCACAAGCCACUGUCCCUCAAUCUGCCACCUUCAAGUAUGUUAAUGAAGGAGAGUUUGGGGAAUACAUUGUAGAGUAUGACGCAAAUUACCGAGUCCUAGACCCCUUCAAUUCCCCAUUCCAACUUUGUUUUUACAACACCACUCCUAAUGCAUAUACCCUUGCUCUACGUAUGGGUACCGUGAGGUCUACUUCACUAAUGCGUUGGGUUUGGGAAGCCAACCGAGGCAACCCAGUUCGUGAAAAUGCCACUCUCACCUUUGGUGCCGAUGGAAAUCUUGUCUUGGCCGAUGCGGAUGGAAGAAUAGCUUGGCAAACCAACACCGCCAAUAAAGGUGUAGUGGGCUUCCAGGUACUGCCCAAUGGUAACAUGGUGCUUCAUGACCCAAAAGGAAACUUUAUUUGGCAAAGUUUCGACUCUCCUACUGAUACUCUAUUGAUUGGCCAGUCUUUACAUGUUGGAGGUGCAACUAGACUUGUAAGUCGACUAUCUGAGCAACAAAACUCAAAUGGGUUCUAUAGCCUUGUGUUGGAGCCCAAAAGGCUGGCCAUGUACUAUAAGAGUCCAAAUUCUCCUAAACCAUAUAUCUACUACACAUCGGAUAGGUUUAGUGUAAACACUGGUCGCUUACAAAAUGUGACGUUAAAAAGUGAACCCGAGACAGAUGAGGGCUUUGCCUAUGAUUUGAGUUUUGAGUUCUCUACUGGAGGGAAUGUCUUUCUCGCUAGGCCCAAAUACAAUAGCACGCUAUCAUUUCUUCGACUAGGAUUAGAUGGAAAUCUUAGACUCUACACAUAUUAUGAUAAAGUAGAUAUAGGUGCAUGGGAAGUGACCUUCACUCUCUUCGACAGGGAUUCAAGUUGGGAGAGUGAAUGCCAAUUGCCAGAGAAAUGUGGUAAGUUCGGCCUUUGUGAGGACAACCAAUGUGUUGCUUGCCCAUCACCUAAUGGGCUACAAGGCUGGAGCAAGGACUGUGAAGCUGCGAAGCCACCCUCAUGCAGAUCCCAAAAUGUUUACUAUUAUAAACUAGAAGGUGUUGAUCAUACUAUGAGCAAGUACGCAAGCGGGAGCGGAUCAAUAAGUGAGGUUGAUUGUGGAAAGAAAUGUUCAAGUGAUUGCAAGUGUCUAGGCUACUUUUACAACAAGGAGACAUCUAAAUGCUGGAUUGUCUAUGAUCUCCAAACCCUGACUAAAGUUGCAAAUUCUACGCAUGUGGGUUACAUAAAGGCAUCUAAACACUAA